AACUACCUUUGCUUCUUUUCUCUUCACAUCUUCUUCUAAUGGACAGAAACCAAUCUCACAGGCAGGUUGCUGCAAUGAAACAGUCCCUCUUUGAUCAGGGAUUACUGGAUGAACAAUUUACCCAAUUGGAAGAAUUGCAGGAUGAUGCUAAUCCUAACUUUGUAGAGGAAGUUGUGACUCUUCACUACCGUGAUUCAUCGAGGCUUAUCUCGAACAUAGAGCAGGCAUUAAGGGAGAGGAACCCCCCGGAUUUCAACAAGCUGGACACACUUAUGCAUCAGUUCAUAGGAAGCAGCUCAAGCAUUGGAGCCAAAAAGGUGAAAGCAGAGUGCAAUAUGUUUAGGGGAUAUUGCAAUGCAGGAAAUGCAGAAGGAUGCAUGAAGAGCUUCCAACAAAUGAAGAAAGAAUAUGCUGCACUGAGAAAGAAACUUGAGGCUUAUUUUCAGUUGGUUAGGCAAGCUGGGCCCCUGGAGAGAGCAUGUCGUUCCAAUUCCAAAUGAAAACCUAAGGAAAAUAAUAUGCCUCUGAAAAGGGCAAAUGUAAUUGGUGAAUUUGGAACAUAAAAAAUAUAUUCACCACAAGAAUAGGAAAGUGAUGUUGGCCCGUCUCAGAUAUUUUUUGUUUCCAAAUAUCAGUUUUGUUUUCGAAU